AUGGCAUGGGAGCUCAUUGAGGUCCCGGGCAACCUGAAUCCCUCUCUCCAAGACUCUACAGUUGAUGUGGUGGCCGCCAAGAUUGAUCCCAAGCUAGCCAAUACUCUCAUUAGGCAGUUAAGCCAGGUAUGCCCUUUGGAGAAUCUUAGGCAUGUAAAGCGUGUACGUCAACGUACUGAAUGUGGUGGAAAAUCUGAGUUAUCAAUAAUCCUAUGUGUUUCUACUGGGUCUGAAAGCAUAAAGUUUUCUGAAGAUCUACAAAAGAUAGUGGAUACUUAUCAGUUGCCAAGUGUUUUGCUACAUCAAAAGAGGAGUGGGAGGAACAGUGCAAACUUUGGCCAACAUCUUACCAUCCUGCACAUGAGUAAUGCUGCAAUCAUUGUUGAUCCGUCAAGCAUGCAAAUAAUUGCAAAGGCCACGGACCAGACACACAAGCAUGAUAUGCCUGUAGAAGGGAACGCGUUUUCUGAAGCGAAAGCAGAUGUUACCUGUUCUUUGAAUGAAUCAACUGAUAAUGACAGCAAUUUGUCGCUGCCAGGAACUUUUUUUCCUAAACACAACAGUUUGAACAUGGAAAUUUCAUCUAUAAAUCCUUGGGGAUGGAUGAAAAAAAGGACUUGUGGGCAGAAGCCAUUGCCAUAUUCAAAUGGCAAUCCAGAGAACUGUUGUGAUAAUGAACCAGCGAAAAGGCUAAAGACGGAUACAAAAGAUAAUGAGCAAUCGGCAUCUGAAUCAUUCUGCGGUGACUUGUCUGAAACCAGCAGACCAUAUCUCUGCACAGGAUUUGAUAUCUACCUUGUUUGGGAACCAUGCACAAUGUGUGCAAUGGCACUUGUACAUCAUAGAUUCAAGCGCGUGUUCUACGCUUUCCCCAAUCCUGUUACCGGAGCACUUGGUGGAGUCCACAGGAAUGCUGAUCCAACAUCCUGUUCCAUUUUAUUUGGAGAAAAGGAUCCUGAUUUGCACUAUGGAUGUCAUUUUUUUGCACAAGGGCUUCAGAUUAGGCCUAAACUUGUCCUUUUGUAUCAUUAA